CUGAGCCGACCGCUCCUAUACAUCUGUGAUUUUUUUACGUUUUUGUUAUUUGAGAUGAGAAAUAAAAAAAGAUCGUACAGAUGAUACAAAUUAAAUUGUUACGAAGAUAGUAGUUUUGGAAAGAUUAUUUCUUAUUCUUAUUAUUCAUCGUACAUUUUUCUACUGAAAUGACGGAAAUUGAUUGGUUUACCAGACCAGUUGAUUAUGAAGUAAGAAGAAAUUUUAAAUUGGAUGAAGCUAAUGACCAUCCUCUCAAACCUAUCACAAUCACGAUGGUUGAUGGGCGUAGUGCAAUCAGACGUGGUACUCUACGGAGUGCAACGAGUACUAGUUCUUCUACAAGAACACCAACUCCUACACAAACAACAGUUCCUGUUAAUAUUAAUUCGAUACAAGAUCCUUUAUCAAGCCAUUCAUCUCUUGAUGGUUCUGAUCCUCUUACACAGUUUGUUAAAGAAGAAAUGGAUCCUCUCUCUAGGAUGGCUACUGAUGAAUGGGAUUAUUCAGCUAAUGCAACAGCAGUUGGUAGAAAAAUGAACCAUAAAAUUGAUGAAGGUGUAGAUCCAUGGUCAGCGACAAAAGCUAUUGUGCUCAAUAAAUAUACAACCUUAGAAAAAUUAUCAAUGGUUACAAGUUUUUUGCCAGGUGGUGAAAAAGUAAUCAUGAAAGUCCAACCAAGUGGAUCAUUAGUCGACAAAGUUAAAACACGAUUAGAACAACUAGAUGAUUUUGAAGAUGGUUCAGUUAGACAAAUGCAUGGAUUGACACAACAAGAAUAUAUGUUACGAAUUGAGCAACUUAAUAAUGAACUUGUAAAUGCCUGGAAUUCAGAUCACAGAGUUAAAGCAUUAAAAAUUGCUAUUCAAUGUGCAAAGCUUUUGGUGGAUACAUCAGUAAUAUCAUUCUAUCCCAGCAAAUUUGUUCUUGUAACAGAUAUUUUAGACAUUUUUGGAAAAUUGGUUUAUGAGAGAUUAAAAUCAAAAGCAGAGUAUAUCAAGCCUGGAAGUAAGAUACCAACUAGUUUACCAGACAAUUUUACGCCUGACAUGGUUCCAGAAAAUGCUAAAGAGACUUGCCAAAAUUGGUUUUAUAAAAUAGCAUCAAUUAGAGAGCUUGUUCCUCGUAUUUACGUUGAAAUGGCAAUAAUUAAAUCUUACAGUUUCUUAACAACGAGUGAAUUUAAUUCCAUAUUGAUGCGUCUUACAAAAAUGAUUCGAGGCAUAGGAGACCCUUUAGUAGCUAUAUAUGCUAGAUGUUAUUUGUGUCGCGUUGGAUUUGCCCUCAAAACGUUUAGUCUCGAAUUUGUAACUGAAAAUUUUUACGAUUUUCUCUAUACGUAUAGAAAAUUGUUUACCCAAUCUGUGAAAAGUGAUCUAUUGAGGCAAAAUCUCAGUUUACAUUCCUAUUUGAAUUUAUACACUCCAGCUUUAGAUUGGAUCUUACAAGUUUUAGCUACUACAGCACCUGAAAGUCUUUUGACAGAAGUACUUAAUAAAUGUAAAGAACAACCAAAUAGUGCAUUACUGUUAAAUACUAUUUUAACGUCUUUCAAACCAAUGUACGUAACGUCUCGCGCAAUGGAAUUCAUUAAUUUGAUUGAGACUUGUCAGGAUAAUGGCUAUCCGCAGUAUCAUUUGUAUAGAAGCUUAGGCGAAUGUUUAAUUAGAGAAUCACCACCAAAGGAAGAUUUGCAGAUUAUUUUAAACAUUGUAUGGAAAUACCUAAAAACUAUGAAAGAUUCUACGAGAUUUAUGAGUGUAAUGGAAGUCUGGAUUCAAUUUGUUGCAAUAUAUUUUUCAGCUACAGAAAUGAAUAUGUUUUUGGGAGAAAUAAUCAAUCACUUGGGACCAAAUAGAGCAUUUGAAAAUUUUUAUCCACAAUUGCAAAACAUUACUGAAAAAAUGAUUUCUCACACUCAAGAUUUCGAUUCAUUAUUAACAAUGGAUAACUUUUUGCCGCUUAUCGAUUUAUUUCACAAAGAAAGUAUUAAAGUAGAUGUUUGUAAGAUAAUUGUAGAAGGUUUAAGUAAACAAAACAGUCCAAUAGUAGAUCCCAUCAUGAUAAAUGCUGUUAUGUUUAUUAUGAGAGUAAUGCACGACUCAGUCAGCGCUCUCACAGUAGAAGAUGAAAAAAGACAGAUUGGCCAGUUGAUAUGCGGCCUUAUUCAAAAAGUUGAUUACGGUCGAGAUUUCGAAAAGCAAUUAAAUUUUUAUGUGGAAGCGCGAGGAGCUUUCCACAAUCUUGACAUUGUACAUACGCAGCUUGUACAGUGUGUAAAUAAAUUAUCCAUUGAUACUAGAAAAAUCGUUCGUGGACAUCAUACAAGAAGAACUUCAGCUUUUGUACGAGCUUGUGCUGCAUUUUGUUUCAUAACAGUUCCGUCUUUGACGUUAGUUAACACGAGACUCCAGCUUUACUUAUUGUCAGGCCAAGUAGCUCUACUCAAUCAAUGUUAUGGUCAAGCCGAUGCUUGCUUUAAAGCAGCCUUGAGUUUAGUGCCAGAAAUGCCAAAGACUUUAGAAAUUGAUGGAAGAAGCAAAAGCUCUGAGUCAUACUUACUUUCUUAUCUUUCCAACUUUCUUUCUACUCUACUAGUAGUUCCGGAUAGUCCAGAACACGGUGUUCUGUAUUUAAUGAGAGGCCUUUUGAACGCAGUGCAGCGUUAUUUUGACGACAGUACCAUGACCAAAUCACACUUAUAUUUGAGAGUACUUGACCUUUUGUCAACGGUAACUCAGGAAAAUUAUCCUUAUCACGUCGACAAGGUUGAUUCCAAUGAUAAACUUUACGGAUCUGAUCACAAAUUUGUCAGUGAAGUCAAUAAGAUAUGUUCGAAAGUUAUGGAAGAACUAUUGAAUCACUUAAAACAUCUAGGCAAUACUGAUCAGUUGGACAAACAGUCAUCUCUAGCGCUUGAGUUGUUCGUGAGAAUGCUUAUUAGAGCAGACUUAACGAAACCAUCGUUGGCGCAUAUCGCCGUAAAUUUGUGGAAUUUAUCUCAGAAACACAAUUCUGUAGAUCCUAAAUUAAGACAAAGAACUCUAGAGUAUAUGAUGCAAAAAAGCCAAUUGCCACAGUUUCAACACUACUCUGAACUGCUCAAAAAAAUGUCCAAAUGAAAGGAAACUUUGAAGUCUGAUAUAAUUGUAUAUACUAUAUAAAGAAAUUGUAA